AAAUGAGCGGCGAGUUUAACGUUAUCCAAAGCCGUCGCGAUUUUUUAGUCAGUCAGUUAACAGCGCGUAUUCGACGGGUCAAGAAGCAAAAUUAUUCACGAAAAAAACGCACACUACAAUUUUUCCCAAUUAAACUAAUUUAAACCCGCGCUCGGAUUUUUAAUUAGAGAAACUGGUUGUUAUUUUAAACGAAAAAUAGAAAUUUUGGCUGUAAACAAAUUUUUACGCGGUGCGAUACCGAAAAUAUGUGAAAAAGUUAUUUUUGUUUUAUUGUUUAGAGUUAGCGAUGAGUGAAAGUAUACUUGAAUUUUAAAAUCAUAGGCGAUUUUUUUAUUUUCUUGAAUUAAAAGUGGAAUCUUCAUGAUACUUCUAAGUAAACGAUGACCCAAGGAUUUAGUUUUAAUUUUGUACUGGCUGUGAUAUGCGUCAUUUUUCUAAAAAGUAUCUCAAUGACGGAGGGAGCAAUAAGAUGUUACAAAUGCCUUGCGGUUACACCACCUUAUUACACCAAUGAAACAAUAAAACUGUGUAAAGACUUUGACUAUUCCGAAACAUUUAUUGUGGAUUGUCCAUAUUCGACGUACUGUAUGAAGAGGUUUACCAGUGCCAAAAUACCUACUGUGAUAAAUGGAACAGAAAGGGACUGUGCUAGUCAGAAACAAGUGAUUCAAAACUAUAAAAACGGCCAAUGGCACAAGGAAGUAGAAAUAGAGGAACCAUACAAAGCGGGAUGUUCCAAAGUCAAUGACAAGGGGGCGCGGACAUCAACUAUAGAAAAUUGUUACUGCAAUACUGAUCUGUGUAACACAGGAAGUUAUUUGCGGUCUAGAAUAGUAGGAUUUUUUGCGGCUGUGAUAGUUUUUAUUGUUUUCUAAAAUAAAUACUUUUUUUAUUUGUAGUAGAUAUGAGUGCUACCAAAAUAGUGUGUUCAAAAUUUAUUUUAUAAAUAUGAUUUUCAAUUAUUAUACCAGGUAUAAUAAACAGGCAUAAUAUUACAAUCAACUUUUUAAUUUUAAUAUAUUUGCAAAUGCAAAUACUGAUAAAAUAUAUUUCCAAAAUGUAGUUUAAUUUAAUAUAAAAGAGAAAAUGAAUUAAUAGUAGUUUACAAAUGUAUAUAUUUAAAAUUUUGUGGUCUUAUGAUAUAAAUCAUCAGGUUACUACUAGUCACAAAUUGUGGUUUUUAUAUUUAUAAAAGACAUUGCAGGAACAUUCAUUUUAUAACUCGAUACAUAAUUUCUUGACAAUGUAUUUUAGUUCAUUAUUAUAAGUAAUAUGUAAUUAUUUGAUACUUUCGAAACUACCUCGAUGAUAGUUUUUGAUUACAGGAAAAACCAAAUAUUUGGUGAUUUUUACAUAUAAAUAUAGGGCAAAAUAUGUCAAUACCUUAUGAAAUAAAAAUAUAGAAGUGCUAAAUUGAAUCUUUUGAAAAAAUAUAUAUUUUCAGAAUUACUC